AUGAUAAUUAAUUGAUUUCAAUUGAAAAAAAAUAGCUUAUAUCAAUAAAUAAUUUAGAAUAAUUUUUAGAUAUUACAUAAAUUUAAAGAUUAAAUCUAUCCCGUAAUAAUUUGCAAGAAAUAGAGCCUAUAUUUUUAAAAAUGCCUUUUUUGAAAUAAUUAGACUUAUCUUUUAACCACAUCAAGUUUAUUUCAUAUUUAUAAAAUUGUACAUAAUUAGAAAUAUUAAACUUAUCAACAAACAGGUUAAUAAAAGUAGAUAAGCUUAAAUAAUGCAAAAGCUUAAAAGUUUUAGUAAUUUUUCAAAAAUUUAAAAAUAUAUAUUAAUAAAAAUUAAGGAUUUAAGUUUAAAUUAUAUAGAAGAAAUAGAAAAUUUAGAGUUACCAUAAUUAGAAUAAUUAUAUUUGUAAGGAAAUAAAAUAGAUUUACUACCUUUGUUUAAAAAUGUUCCAAGGCUAAGAAUUUUAGAUAUAUCAAAUAAUGAAAUAAAAGAUUUAAAUGCCUUAUUAAUAGAUAAAUCUUUAAAUUAUUUAGAAAGUAUAAAUUGUUCUUAUAAUUAACUUCCAGCCUAAUACUUGGAAGACUUGUGCCUUAUUAUUUAAAGUAUGCCAAAUUUACUUUAGUUAUAAUGUACUGGUAAUGAAAUUACUUUGAAUAAUAUUUAUAAGUCAGCCAUUUUGACAGCUAAAAGCUAAAAAAAUUAGAUGGAUUAGAAAUAUCAGAUAAUAUGUUGGAUUAAAUAUAAGUAAAAAUAAAAUUUAUAUAAUUUUUUUAUAAUCCAAAUAAAAAAAAAAAAGAAUCUUAAAAAAACAAAAAAUUUCGAAAAAGCAGCUGAAGAUACAAAUAAAGAUUUCCUAUAAAGGCUAAAACAAGAAAACGAAGCAAAAUUAUCAGUUAAGAAAUUACUUAAGGAUCAAAUUGAUCUUGUAGAAGAAAUAUUUUAAAAAUACUAAGCAAAAACAUAAAAAGAAUAAUUAGAUUUCCUGGAGUGUAUAGCAAUUAUUGAAAAAAGAUUUAGAUAGGGAAAUAAACUAAAUUUAGAUGAUGAUGUUAUUAAUUUAUGGAAGUUAAGGAUUAAAUAGAAUGAUGAAAAUUUAAAGAAUAAAGCUUAAUUGGCUAAAUAAAUUGAAGAUAAUUAACGAUAAUUACUCUUACAAAAAGAAAUUGAUGGUUUAACUUUAAGAUAAAAACUAUAUAAAAUUGCUUUGGAAGAUCCUGAUUUAUGGAGAGAUUUAAAAACUAAAGAAAUACAAUAAAUAUACAAGGAAGAAAAAGAAAAAUAAUUAAAUAAUAUAAAUCAAAUUAAUGAUAAAAGUAUGGUAAAUUACACUCAAUAUUAAUAAGAUUAAGUUCAAAGCAUACAAAAUAAUUUAAAAAAUCAUAUUUAAAUGAUUAAUGAUUAUAGUAAUUAUGAUAAUUCAAAUAAUUAAAAUCUUAUUCAAAAUAAUAAUUAUAUUUCUAAUUUGAAUAUAAAAGAUUCUAAUAUUAUUUAAAAAAGUAUUCUGAAACCUUAUUAAUUAUAGGAUUAAGAAUAAAAUAAAUUAUAAGAUUAAGAAUAAGAAUAAAUAAUGCUUAUAAAUUAGAAAAGAUUUAUGAUAGUAACGAUAGCAACAUAAAAAAAUAAAAACAAAAUAUAAUUUUUAACAUUAAAAACUUUUAAAAAUUAUAUUUCAUUCCUAAAAAAUAAAAAUUUAUACAAAUAAAUAUAUAUUUAAGAAUUUAAAUAUAUUUACUUAAUAUAUUUUAAAAAAUAAAUAAUUAUAAAAAUAUAUAUAUAUAUAUAUAUAUAUAUAUCACUAUUAAUUUUGUCAAUUAUUUAAAUAAUUUAAAUUAAAUUUUUAAAGAAAAAAAAAUAUUAAUAAAAAUAAAAAAUGGAUAAACAUAAACCAUUAGGACAUUAAUUUGCUAAAAAAGAUUUAUUAUAAACAAAACCAAAAAUAACGAACAAAUAUACAAAUGUUAAAAAAACUAUUAAUAGCGGAGUUACUGUCAGAGAUGUAGAUGUUAAAAGCGAUAGAUUUAUAGCUAAAAAGAAAAGCGAAAAUUUCGGUAGAAUUAAACCUUCAUUUUUAUCUGAAUUGCUUUAACAAGACAAAAAUACAGAAAGUGUAUAUGAAUUAGUAGAUAAUAAUUCUAAAUAAAACUAUGAAAAUGAUAAUUAAAGUAUAACUUCUAUAUAUAAUGCGGAAUAAAAUGUAGAUUUAAAUAAUUAAUAGCCUGAUUUUUUAAUUUUAGAUAUUCGUGAUAUUUGUGAAUAUGAAAAAUAUAAAAUAAAAGAAUCAUUGCCAUAUCCUCUUAUUAUGAUUAAAUAAGAUAAAUAAAUUCCUUAACUACAUAAAUAUGUAAUUUUUUUUUUGUUAUUUUACUUAAAUAAUAAUAGAAAAAUGCUUAUAAUAAACAUAUAAUUUUGUAUGGAAUAGACGAGAAAUAAGGAAUCUUGGCUGGAUAACUAUUUUUCGAAAAAGGAUUUGAUAAUAUUUAUAUUUUAACUAAAGGUAUUGAAAAUUUUGCAUAAGAGUUUCCUAAUUUGAUUGAAGGAAAUAUCCCAGAAAGCAUCAAAACUACUAAUAUUUAAAAAGAAAAGAAAUAUGUUUAAGAUAAAAAUGGUAAAGAUGCAUAAAGUUUAAUGAAUAAUACAAACAAUAUGAGCCAAAUUAAAACAUUAACUUCAAAUAAUUCUGUUAUUAGUUAA